AUGGGUCUUGCCGUUACGAAGUCGCUGCUUCUGCAAGGCUGGAUCGUUGCAAUCAUUGGUUCUGUCGUAGACGACUCGGAGAUUGCCGACGAGAUUGGCGCUGAGUCUUUCCUGGUCAAUGUUUCCGACCAUGAGCAGCCAGGUAAUGCGUUCCCCGGGGUAUUUGCGCUACACAACCUCCAGGUCGUCCAGGCAUGGACCAUGUUUAACAAGCAGUGCCAGUGCCGGAAUCGCCGAUCACGAGCUGUUUUGGGACCACAAAGACAUGGAUCUGGCUUCCCCUCUACUCCCAAAGCAUGCCUGUGUGGGCUUCCUGCGCUCAAUUGCCCCGAGGCUCUUUGCCACGACGGCAUCCGGAUCAACUGCAUCAACCAAUGUAACGUCUUGACGGGGCUGGUGAGCAGCACCGGCUGGUCUCUCUUCCCAGAAGGAAGCGAUCACGCCCCUGAGAAGAUUGUCGAGGUCAUUACAACGAAGAUCACCGGCUGA